CUCAGCGGCUGGAUGUGCAUCUGAGGUUCCGGGUACUGGGAUCAAGGAGUAGGCCUCGGGCUCCAGUGUAAGGGGACCAUCUGCGGAACCGGUUCAAAAAAGGAUCCCAGACCCAGUUAGAAGAUGAGUUCCCUUUUAGAGCGGCUCCAUGCCAAGUACAGCCAGAACCGGCCCUGGCCUGAAACCGUAAAACUGGUUCGGCAAAUCAUGGAGAAACGGACGGGAAUGAUGUCGGGAGGACAUCAGCAUCUUAUCGGUUGCUUAGAAACCCUCCAGAAGGCUUUGAAAGUGUCUUCUCUCUCUGCCAUGACUGAUCGUCUGGAAUCCAUAGCGAGACAGAAUGGGCUUACGUCCCAUCUGAGCCCCAACGGCACCGAGUGUUACAUUAGCUCAGAUAUGUUCUAUCUGGAGGUUCACCUGGAUCCAGACGGGCAGCUGUGUGACGUCACGGUGGCGCAUCACGGCGAGAACCCCAUGAGUUGUCCUGAGCUGGUUCAGCAGCUAAGGGAGAAGAACUUUGAGGAUUUCUCACAACAUCUGAAGGGCCUGGUGAACCUGUACAAGGUGCAAGGAGAUGACAACAAACUGAAGACAAAAAUAUACCUUGCGCUUCAGUCCCUUGAACUGGACCUCACAAAAAUGGCAGCUAUGUACUGGCAGGCCACAAACGCCAGCGUGCUGGAUAAAAUCCUGCUGGGCACGGUCGGGUACCUGACUCCCAGGAGUGGAGGCCAUGUCAUGAAUUUGAAGUAUUACGUCUCUCCGUAUGAUUUGUUUGAUGAUGUCACAGGAGUAACCUUAACCCUCCCUGAAGGUCACGCAGUUCCUCGUUCUCUUGGUCUGAAUGUAUCUGUCACCAUAGAGGCCACUUCUGCCAUGUACAAACUACCCAUCGCUCCUCUGAUUAUGGGCUCGCACCCAAUCGACAACAAGGGAACUCCUUCCUUCUCCUCAAUCACGAAUGCCAACAGCGUGGACCUCCCUGCUUGCUUCUUCCUCAAAUUCCCGCAGCCCAUCCCGGUAUCCAGAGCCUUUAUCCAGAAAAUCCAGAACUGCACAGGUAUCCCUCUCUUCGAAACACCCCCUACUUUCCUUCCUCAUUAUGAACUCCUCACCCAGUUCGAGCUUGCAAAAGAGAAGGAGCCGGGACCUUUAAACCACAACAUGCGAUUCUAUGCGGCUCUCCCCGGUCAGCAACACUGUUAUUUCCUGAACAAAGAUGCCCCUCUCCCCGAUGGAAGGAGCCUGCAGGGGACGCUGCUGAGUAAAAUUCCUUUCCAGCACCCAAGCAGAGUUCCAGUCAUCCUCAGCUUGAUCCGGCACCAAGUGGCCUGCAACACGCUGAUCGGAAGCUGUGUCAAGCGGACAGUGCUAAAAGAUGACUGCCCGGGGCUUCUCCAGUUUGAAGUCUCCCCCCUCUCCGACUCCUCCUUCAGCAUCUCCUUCCAACAUCCCGUUAACGAUUCCCUGGUUUGUGUGGUGAUGGAUGUGCAAGAUUCCACGCAUGUGAACUGCAAGCUGUACAAGGGGCUGUCUGAUGCUCUCAUCUGUACGGACGAUUUCAUCACCAAAGUGGUUCAGAGGUGCAUGUCCAUUCCGGUGACAAUGAGAGCCAUCCGCAGAAAGGCAGAGACCAUCCAGGCCGACACACCUGCCUUGUCGCUCAUUGCCGAGACAGUGGAGGACAUGGUGAAAAAGAACCUCCCUCCUGCAAGCAGCCCAGGCUAUGGCAUGACCCCUGGUUCCACAGGCCUCAGUGGCAUCACAACUCCGACAAGCUCAUAUCCCCCAGGGCCCAUUGCUUCCCUUUUUGGCAUGGGUCUGAAGGAAAGGCAUGAUUCAACAAGCCAUUCGGAAGAUUUCAGCAAAGUUACACAAAAUCCUAUUCUUACCAGCCUUCUGCAGAUACCGGGAAGUGUCGGUGGGACUCUUGGAUCGAGUCCUACACCUCCGCAUCACACACCGCCCCCUGUCUCCUCUCCAGCAAGUAACACUAAGAACCAUCCCAUGCUGAUGAACCUUCUGAAGGACAACCCAGCACAAGACUUCACUGCCAUCUAUGGCAGCAGCCCCUUAGAGAGGCAGAACUCUUCCGGAUCUCCACGUACAGAUCUAGGUCCCUCUGGCGCUGGAAAACCGAAGAAAAAGAGGCCAAGACCAGGAACAGAGAAGAUGAAGAACCAAACGGAAGAUGAUUUCCAAAGGGAGCUUUUUUCUAUGGACGUUGAUUCCCAGAACCCUAUUUUUGAUGUCAGCAUGGCAGGUGAUGCUCUGGACACACCCCACAUCACACCUGCACCUAGCCAGUGCGGCACACCGCCAACAGUUUACCAGCAACCCAUUCCCCACGCUCAACCUAGCAUGCAAAGGAUGGUGAGGCUGCCUAGCACGGAUGCUAUUAUCCCAGACGUCACAGACAUACUCUCUGACAUAGCAGAAGAAGCAUCUAAGCUUCCAGGACCUGGGGAGGAUUGUCCCAAUCUUGGAACCCCAGUUAGAGACUCCUCCAGCUCUGGACACUCUCAGAGCACCCUUUUUGACACAGAUGUGUUUCAAGUAGAUGGAGGAGGCGGCGGAGACAACCCGUACGCUGACGCCGCUGACCUCAUUGCAGAGGCCAAUGGGAGCCCUAACAGCGAUUCCUCUAAUAAUUUCUUCAACAGUGUAGAUUUCAACCCAGACUUGCUGAACAGUCAGAGCCAGAGUGGCUUCACUGACGAUUUAAAUGACGACAGCAGCCAGAGCGGAGACCACGAUUUCAAGGACUUUCCUGGACAGGCUCUAGCCAGCCUAGGUGUAGUGGCAGGGCUUCCGAUUGAUGGAGGUGAUGGCAAAUAUAAGAUGGGACUCGGAGGAGACACAGUAGACUUUAGCAUUAUAGCAGGUGGCGGGGGCAAAGCACUAAGUGGGGUGGAUAUCUUGGAAACGCACAGUGGGAGCCAGAGCCCUCUUUUGAGUGGGGAGCUGGGGAAAGACAGACAACAGAAGCAAAGGGUGAAAGAGAACAGCAAUGGGGGAGCAGGCGGCGGUGGGAUCCAAGCUACUGGGAUUGACGUAAAGUCUGGAAAACGAAGUCGAACUCCCUCUAGUGAUGGAAAAAGCAAGGAUAAGCCAGCAAAGCGCAAAAAGACAGAGCCUGAUGGCAAAUCACCCUCUCAUAUAACCAAUCGGCCCUUCACGCCACCAACAAGUAGUGGGGGCUCAAAAUCUCCAGGGACUUCAGGCAGAUCACAGACUCCGCCUGGUGUGGCCACUCCACCCAUACCUAAAAUCACAAUUCAGAUCCCUAAGGGAACAAUGAGUGUAGGGAAACCAUCAUCCCACAGCCAGUACACCAGCGGUGGUUUAGGGAGCUCUUCCAGCAGCAAAAGUCAUCACGGCCACUCUUCAUUAUCAUCCUCUACUUCCGGGAAGGUCAAAAGCAGCAAAUCGGAUGGGUCUUCUGGGAUGAAGAUGGGAAGCUCAGGAGGUGGAAUGUACUCUGGCCAGAGUGGGUCUGGAGGCAGCCAGUCUAAAAGCGGUUCUCAGUCUAUGGGCAAGCAAGGAUCUUCCCCCAUCACAAAGCAUGGGGUAGGCAGUGGAGGUAGCAGUUCAGGGGGCAGCAAGACCAAACCUCAGGGGAAACCAUCUGUGCUAAUGAAUCCCACCUUAACUAAGCCAAACAUUUCUCCUUCACAUUCUAGACCUUCGGGAGGCUCUGAUAAGUUGUCAUCUCCGAUGAAACCCAUGCCAGGGACUCCUCCUUCUUCGAAGGCCAAGUCUCCAAUUGGCUCGGGGGGACCUCAUUUGGGUGGAGUUUCUAACACCAACAUGAAGUCAUCUUCUGGACUUGUGUCUGCAGGAUCUCUCGCCCAAAAGCCAAACUCCUCUUCUUCGUCGUCAUCCUCUUCAUCGUCUUCCUCGUCUUCAUCUUCCUCGUCGUCUUUCUCAGGCGGUUCCAACGUCUCCCAGAACAUCCACAGUGGUUCAAAGGGAAAGUCUCCAAGCAGAAAUAAGAAGCCUUCCCUUACAGCGGUCAUUGAUAAGCUUAAACAUGGGGUAGGCACAGGAGGCUCUGGUUCUGAGGAUGCAAUGGAUGGUCCUGGAGGUGGUGCCGGUCCUGUUGCCAGCACUCAUAGCAUGUCCUCCAAACACGGUCUAGUUGGAGGUGAGUUCCAGGCAAAACGAGAGAAAAGUGAGAAGGAUAAGUCAAAAGUUUCAGUUUCUGGUGGGCCAUCUGAUCCUUCUAAGAAAGGAGGAGGGGACCCUAAGGGCUCUGGGAGCACCGGUGUUGCAAAAAUUAUCAUCAGCAAGCAUGAUGGAGGGUCUCCCAGCAUCAAGUCAAAAAUGACGCUACAAAAGCCCGGAGAAGGGAGUGGAGAAGGUAUGAGAUCUCAGAUGGGCAAAAAUUAUGGCUCACCUUUGAUUAGUGGCUCUACCCCAAAACAUGAACGCUGCUCGCCAAGCCACAACAAAUCUCCAGCAUACACGCCACAAACUCUGGACAGUGAAAGCGAGUCGGGUUCCUCCUCCAUAGCUGAGAAGUCCUACCAAAACAGCCCCAGCUCAGAUGAUGGAGGAGGUGGGGGCAGCAGGACGCAGCCAGAGUACAGUGCAGAAAAACACAAAAAGCACAAGAAGGAGAAAAAGAGACUUAAAGACAAGGAGAGGGAGCGGGAGAAGAAGAAAUCCUCCUAUAGCAUGAAGCCAGAAAUCUGGUCAAAGUCCCCCAUCUCCUCUGACCCUGGAUUGACCAUGGGCACGGGCUCCCUGUUAUCGUCCGACAGAGGGGCCAGGCCCAGCCCUAGCUUUUUGAUUGGCGAAGAAGACGACUUAAUGGACGUGGCUCUGAUAGGAAACUAAGAACCGUCCCGGUGGGGUGGCUGCGUGCCUGACUUCUCCAUUUGGUGCCAGAAGGGCUACAUUGCAAAGCUGGCACAGAAAGCAACAAUUUC